AUGCUAUCUGUAAUGCAAACUAAUCAAACGUCACCAACUUCAGCAACAAGUAUUCCACAGAUACAUCAAACUGGUUCUCCAGCAGAUAUGAGUUCAAGACCAUUACCUUCAACACAAGUUUCUGGAAUGAAUAUUCAACAAGGAUCUAGUAUAAAACGUACACCAUCAUUUCGAGAUCAAUCAUAUGAUGAUGAUAAUGUAUCUCGUAUUGAACUUGAUUAUCCAAUUGAAAAUGUUCUUGUCGAUGCGGGUAUUCCUUCAACAGUGGCUAUUAAAAUUAAUGAACUUGUUGAACAAGAUCGUCUUGGUAAAAACUAUCAUAUUCAUCGUUAUACAUACGAACCACCACUACAACAAAUAUCUGUUGGUAAUAAUCAACAUAUGAAUCGUCGUUUAAUGGAUGAUAAUUAUUAUGGUGGUACAAGAUAUAUACGUGAAAUUCAAAAUGAUAAUCAAAAUGUAUUAUUUGAUAAUACGUAUCAUCCUCCAAGAUCAAAUCAACACUAUGCACGACGUCGUUCGUAUUCUGAAACAUCAUUAAAUCGAUACAUUGAUCAAUUGAUGCAAAAACCAGGUGGCAUUGUUAUUCAAGCACAAAAUUCCCAGAAUUUACAAGAAAUACUUGGUCAAUAUUUAUAUAAUAAUGAAUUAAUGCCGACACAAUCAUCAAUAAAUCCUCCAUAUCUGCCUUUUUAUCCUCCGCCUCCUUCUCUUCCUGCUCCUACUCCGCAUCUUUCAUUAAACACGAACCCUAUUACAGAACCAUUUUCCUAUUAUACAGCAUAUGCUCUACCCAAUGAUCCAAUGCGAUGUUAUUAA